AUGGCCGCAUUCAAGGGUCCAACCGAGGCGGCGGCCGACGACAAGGAGGCGACAGACGCCAUGCUGGCCACCACCGUGAUCGGCGGCGUCACGGUAGCAACCGAUGACGAUGACGACGAUCGCGACGAGCAGUGCGGCAUCGGUCCGUGCAGGUCCAAAUGGAUGCAGGUGUUCGCGUCCAAGCAAGUGUUCCUGGCCACGUUCUGCUUCAGCUGGGUGCUGCAGGGCAUGUUCUCUACGUACUUUGUUAGCGUGAUCACCACGCUGGAGAAGCUAUUCCAGCUGCAGAGCAAGACAAUGGGACUGGUGCUGAGCGCCACCGAAAUCGGACAGAUCGGAUCUUCCCUGUUGCUCACGUAUUACGGCGGCCAGGGACAUCGACCCAGGUGGAUAGCGUCCAGCAUGGUGCUGUUCGGCGUGGCUGCGUUCACGUGCUCGUCACCACACUUCCUGUUUGGCCACCACCAGUAUUCGUCGUCGGCAUCGAUGAUGGGACGCGAUGUGGCCGGGUCGGACGGAAACUCGUCUACCGACUAUUACCCGUCCAACGUGUGCGUGGCUCCCGACCUCAACAUUGGUGACAGUGGUAGUGCUCGGCCACCAGUGCAGCAACACGACAUGUGCGAACAGAACGAACUGACCGAACAACUGGAACAGUCCAGGAACACGCAAAUCGUGCUAGCCAUAUUUUUCACUAGCCUGCUGGGUGUGGGCAUCGGGCAGACGGCCGUCUACACUCUAGGCAUACCUUUCAUCGACGACAACGUCGCCAGUCGUGAGUCGCCACUGUACUUCUCAAUCACAAUUGGGGUCCGUAUACUAGGACCGUCGUUUGGGUUCCUGUUGGGCGCUUUGUGCACCAGUCUGUACGCGGACCUCAGCAACGAGCCCAACAUGGACACCAACAACCCCCGUUGGGUGGGUGCCUGGUGGCUGGGGCUGGUCGGCAUUUCGGCCACGCUACUGUUGGCCUCCGUGCCUAUGUUCGCGUUCCCCAAGCGGUUGCCAGGUCCGUCGUCGGCCAGCAACGCCACCCUGAAAAAGCAGCACCCUCCUCAGAGGGCCGUCAACGGAUGUGCCGAACCGUCUCUGUCUUCGCCGCCACCGCCUCCUUACAACGGCCGGUCAGCCGUGCCCAAGGCGCCUAAGCUCAAAGAUUUUCCUACUGCCGUCAAGAGGCUUCUGAAGAACGACAUGCUCAUGUACAGGACCGCGAGUAGCGUGUUCCACCUGUUGCCGCUGGCUGGAAUCUACACGUUCUUGCCCAAAUACUUCGAAUCGCAGUUCCACUUUCCCACGCACACCGCAAACAUGGUUACAGGUAUUUACGGAAUUAUGGUCAUGGGCAUUGGAAUCAUAAUAUCGGGAAUAUUCAUAUUGAAGAAAAAUCCCAAUGCUAGAGCAGUGGCUGCGUGGAUUGCGUUUACAGCCCUGGCAUACGCCAUCGGUAUGUGCAUUUUAAUGUUUUUCGGAUGUCCGACCACGAACAUCACAGGAUUGCGAUACGACGAACUGAAUCAGCCCAAGUUCGAGUCUCCCUGCUCAGACCAAUGCGUGUGCGACGAGGAGUUGUUCAGUCCGAUUUGUGGAGUAGACGGGAUAACGUACUUCUCGGCGUGCCACGCUGGAUGCCGGAAUCGGACUUCCGGAAAAGAGUACAUCUCGGGCUACAAGUUCACGGACUGCCAGUGCAUGAACACCAACGCCACGGAGGCAUAUCCGGGCCCGUGCAAAGACGAUUGCGACGAUUCGGGCUUUUGGUACAUAGCUCUGUUCUCCUUGUUUGUGUUCAUCCAUUCCACUUCGGAGGUGGGCAGCAUGUUGCUCAUACUUCGAUGCGUUCAUCCUCAGGACAAGGCCAUGGCUCUCGGGCUCAUACAGUUUGCCAUAGGCCUAUUCGGUAACGUUCCUUGCCCCAUAUUGUACGGAGCGGUCGUCGACUCUGCUUGUCUCAUAUGGGAAAUGACGUGCGGAAAACAAGGAGCGUGCUCUCUGUACAACUCGGACUCGUUCCGUAUCUUCUACCAUGGUGUUACUGGGAUACUGAUGAUGUGCGCCUUUUUUGUUGAUAUAAUUGUCUGGUACAAGGCGGGGAGUAUAAACUUUGAGGAAGACCGUCAACUGCCGGUUAACGAGGAAGAACUGAGCCAACUGACACCCAUCACUGACAAGACCGAAACAACUGUUUGA